AUGUCGUUGAACCGGGUCGCAUCGGUUGAAACCUUCCAGUUCAUACCCCAAGGGCAGAAUUCUAGGCGACGCAGUGAUGCAUCGAGCGUACGGGCUGGGAAAUUGACCUUCAACCCUUUGCCGGAUCAAUGGGAUCCUGCAGCAAAUAAGCCCGAUACCGUUCUUGCUGUUGGCGCAUUCGAGGUCCCGCGAUGGAAGAGAAUUCUCCAAGUCGCAGUCUCAGUGAUUUACUGUCUAUUCGCGGCCGGCAUUGCUUUCGGCUUUGCCGCUCUCAAGCCGGUCCUCAAGCGUGAAGGCGCUUACAGCGACGUCUGCAGAGCAGAAUCACCCAACUCGACGCCGGACGACGCUUGUGUGGAAAUCCGCCUCAACUUGAUGUUUACGGUGGCUGCUGUAGGAACCAACGUUGCUGCGUUGCCAGUCGGUGCAAUUCUCGACCACUUCGGGCCACGAGUCUGCGGCAUUCUGGGGAGCUUAUUUCUGAUGGUCGGCUCUGUCUUGAUGGCAAACGCCAAGCGGUUACCGUUCGAUGCUUUCCUCAUCGGAUAUCUGUCGCUUGCUCUGGGCGGACCAUUCACGUAUAUAUCAUCUUUUCAGCUGUCGAAUGCUUUCCCUCAGCACUCUGGCCUCAUCCUUGCCCUGCUGACUGGAGCUUUCGAUGCCUCAAGCGCCUUGUUCCUUAUCUACCGCUUGAUUUUCCAGGCUACAGAUGGAUCGUUUGGCCACGACAAGUUUUUCAUGGUCUACAUCAUCGUGCCGGUCAUGAUUAUCGUAUUCCAGUUAACGCUCAUGCCUAAGCAGUCAUACAAGACGGUGGGCGAGCUCGUGGAGCAGCAAGAGGAGGCUGAAGCAGCCAAUGACGCCGAUGCCACACCGUACGACGACCAGGUCGACGAGAACACGGCUUUGCUCCGCGAAGAGCAGCGUCAUCACCGCGAGGCCGUUGUGGCAGACAUUGAGCAACUUCUCGGCCCCCAAAAGGCGGAUAAGCAGAUCCGCAAGGAGGAGAGAAAGAAUGAGACAUCGGGAGUCUGGGGUGUGAUGCACAACCGGACGGCCCUGAGGCAAAUCGCAUCGCCAUGGUUCAUUCUCAUCUGUUUGUUCACAGUCAUCCAGAUGCUCCGCAUCAACUACUUCGUCGCUACCAUUCGCUCCCAGUACGAGGUCAUUUUCGGGGACCACGACAAGGCCGUCGAGAUCAACAACUUCUUCGAUGUCGCUCUGCCUGUGGGGGGUAUCUUGUCUAUUCCAUUCAUCGGCGUACUUCUCGACCAUGCCAGCACCGUUACCGUCCUGACCGCUCUCGUGGCCACUGCUACAACCAUCGGCAUACUCGGGGUCAUUAACAACGUGUGGGCAGCUUAUGUUCAAGUCUGUCUAUUCGUGCUCUAUCGGCCGUUCUACUACACUGCGGUGUCCGAUUACACUGCCAAGGUCUUUGGGUUCGAGACGUUCGGCACGGUCUACGGUACAAUCAUCUGCCUCUCUGGGCUGUUCAACUUUUUCCAGUCCGGGCUUGAUGUCCUAUUUCAUGAGACAUUCGAAGGUGACCCAAUUCCGGUCAAUGUGAUGUUGCUCUCGGCCGGCUUUGCCGUUGGUAUCAUGCUGGUCGGGUAUGUGACUAUGAAGGCCAGGGGCUUGAAGCGCAAGAUGCUGGAGCAGGAGGCUGAGGCAGCUGCUGGGUACAACUGA